GGAUAUAUGUAAGAGCGAUUCAUUUAGAUGACGAUGUGAGAGUAUAGCUUGACUGCUAAAAGGGUGAGAUUAAUUUCACGUCGUUGUGAAACGUUGUGACAAUGGGAUUGAUGGAUGUCUGGGAAAAUUUAGCAAUGACUUGUUUUAAUAUUUCAUUCAUAAAAGUUUAAACUGAAAUGCGUUCAUCGGCCGAGUCGAAACCACGCCUGGUGUUCAUACGUCAGAAGAGGAACACCUUAGUUUCAUGGUUGAGUGACGGAUGUGACAAGAAACGGUUUUUAUUUGACAAUCUGUGCGAAAAAACGGCGGGACUUUAUGGGUUAGAGAAUUUUAGGAGAGGUCUUGAACUUCAUAAUUGAAAGGUUGUCUGACAUUUUUCCGGUGGAAAACCUACUUUAUUAUCAUGACAACGCUUGUGGCGUCGACAGUAGCUGCACCAAUGCCUCGGAACAGGCCAGCUCGAUCUACUGGCAACAUUUCAAGGCCCUGCAAUCUUUAUGACAAUGGGGAAUCUCUAGUUAAUGUACCUAUACAAACUGCCAUUGGCGACCUUGUCAGAAGAGCAGAGGGUGCCAGGCUUACGUCUGCGGAGAUUAAACAAUAUGUCAGAAACACAUACAUUAGUUCUGCAGCACUGACCUCACACGUUGAAAAUGAUACAUUUUUACCUUCGGAGGACGUGAUUUUAACCGACCAGACAAAAAUAGCUGCAGUUCAGAACCCUGCAACCGCACUGAAGGAACAUUACUCAUUGUUAUUUAAACUCGUGACACACGUGGAAUACAUACGAACACAUAAUGAGAUAAGCAAGCAAACACAAGAGGGAAGUUUGAAAAUGCGGCUUGAGGAACUAGAAAUUGAAAUUUAUAGAAUUCUUUGUGAUAUAAAAAUAGCGCUGUUGGGAAUGAGGGAAGAUACCUCCAAUGUGACCACGGUAUUUGAAGUUUCCCAAGCCUUUAAAAGCACUGGAGAAAACAUUACGAACGAAACCCUGCGUGCUUAUGUUGUUAUAAAGGAUAGUGAAGCUGUCAUGAAAUAUCUAAAGGGGAUUUAUGCGGCUAUUAAUGAUGCAAUGGUUUCAACCGUUUAAAUGUGCUGAAAACUGAAAUUGCAUGAGAAACAAUCAAACAAGUUAAACAUUACUGUUUUCCAACUGACAUUUGAUACGUGAUUGAAGGUUUACUUAGUAAAUGCCACAAAUAAUAUUGAUGAUUGUAAAGCUCAAAUGACGAAUACGAUCGAUGAAAAUUGUGGUGUAAAAUUAAUCAUAUAAAACAUGCAAUUUACAGUGAUUUUGAGUGAUUUCAAUGGCGUACAUGUCAUAUGAUUCCAGCUAUGUGCGUUACUUGGAUGGCACUGAUUUUGUGAUACAUAUGUGCAAUCUCUUUUUUAUUAUUUAUUUAUUUUAUUUACUAUUUACAUUGGUGCAUAAUAUAUGUUAUGGACAGCUACUCACACGAGGGCUUUUUGUUUUAGAAAUGUACCAUGGAUACUGAAAUUUGUUCCGUCCAUUUGAUGAUGAUUUCCACCAUAAUGUACAUUGAACAUUAUUUUGCAUUAACCAAAGCCAUUUGGAAGCAUGCCAAGAAGAAUGAACAGCUCUAAAUUAUUUUUUUCUGCUUUGAAUAAUAAAAAAUCGAAAUAAAAAUCGUGAUCGAUAGUAUAUGAAUUAAUUAGUUCAAAACUUUUUUGUUUUUAUUUAAUAUUGACUUCAUUUUUGAUAAAAAUAUAAAUUAUUUUAGUUUAGUUUGGCAAUAUUGUCUCAUCUUUUCUUUAAUUUCGCUGUAACUCGUUCAAUCAUUUUUUUAAUAUUUUUUUUAGACCAAUGUGUUGUUAUGUUUAUAAAUGUUUUUUGUUAUAGUUAAUAUGAAUGCACAUCAAGCGAUCAUUUCAUGAGAGCUUAAGCGUCAAUUUGCUUAGUUUGUCUAGCAAUUAUUCCAUGUUUGUACAAGUCGGCAAAGAAAAGGCAUUUCAGUCACUUGUGUGCCAUUAAUUUAAAACUGCCUCUACGAUUAUUUAUUUUUCAUUCAUUGUUGUUGAAUAUUUCCUUAUUGUUUGCAUGAAAUUGAUGUGAUAUAUUUUUACAAUAAAAUAGU